AUGGCGGGAUUAGGAACAUGGAUUUGUUUGGCUGGAGGUGCACUCCUUUGCAUUGUCCUGGGCUGCCAUCUUUUUCGAAAACGGAAAAAGUUGCCGACUGUUCCUCCAAAUGUUGUGGUAGUUCAUCACUUCUUUGGGAGAGGAUUAAUGGUUCCCAGCAAGUCGCCAUUCCCAAUGAAACUUGAGACUUUUCUACGCAUGACCAAAACACCAUAUAUGAAUGACCACAGCGGAAGAAUGUCAAAGAAAGGAAAAACGCCAUGGAUCGAAUUCAAUGACACAGAAGUUGCGGAUUCCCAAUUCUGUUUAGAUUUCCUGAAAAAGAAAAAUGGCAUCGACUUGAAUACAGCUCUAAGUACCCAACAGAAAAGUGUAGCCAGGGCAUUCUUGAAACUGAUUGAAGAAAACUUUUACUGGACGCUAUGUAUUGAACUGUUUUGUAACAAAGACAAUAUACCAGUGUUAAAAAGUUCAGCUCCACUGAAAGGAGCUGGAUUCUGGCUGUAUUACUGGUUUGUGAGACGUGCCAUUAGAAGCGCCACCUGGGGACAUGGUAUUGGACGCCAUAGUGUGGAGGAAGUCUGGGGCAUAGGUCAAGCUGAUAUCGAGGCUCUGUCUAACUAUCUGGGUGAUAAGAAGUAUUUCAUGGGAGAUGACCCCAGUGAAAUAGACUGCUCUUUGUUUGGAAUGCUCACAUUUCUUCUGGUGAGCAUGCAAGGAACAAGAUAUGAAACUUUUACCAAAGAAAACCAUCCCAAUCUUGUGAGUUACUUUCAUAGAAUGAAGUCCACCUAUUGGCCAGACUGGGACAACCUGACCACAGCCAGUGACAAGUUUACCGAUGAUCAUGGCAAAAUAUAUUUCCCUGAAAACAUUCCCAAAUGAUACAAUUUUAGCAAAGUAACUGUAAAAUAACUGUUCUGUACAUGUUUCAUUUAUGAGCAGAAAAUAAAAUCUGUUUUUGUUUA